AUGGGCCGUACACCAGUUUCCCUUGGGAACCUCUGCCCGAGUACGGUGGGGGAGAAAUCUGUCAUGUAUCGUUCGGCCGAUGGAAAAGUCGUUGCAGCAGCAGCGAAGGAAACAGGAACUGCAACAUUGACCUAUCCCUGUGAUGAAUUCUUUUAUGUCACCGAUGGAUGGGUCAAACUCAACGUUCAUGGUGGGGACCACUUUGUCCUGAACAAGGGGGAAUUCGUGUACUUGAAGAAGGGGACGACCGUUGAUUUCACAUUUGGCCCUGGAUUCAUGAACGUCGCGGUUUUCAUCGAUAAUGAACCUGUGACCCUUCUCUAA